AUGGCGGCAAAGUUCAUAUCAGCGUCGCAGGCAGGACGUGAGCUACUAGGCACGAAGGAAUUGCUGAACGAGCUAAAGUUGCGUGUGCGCGAGCCUAUGCCAAUGUGGAUCGAGAAUUAA